AUGCGACUGACUGCCCUUCUACUUUUGGCCUUUCAAGGCCUCCUCGUCUCUGCGGAGACGCCUGUCUUCAGCACUAACUAUGUGGUGACGGGUCAAAUUCUGCUCCCAUAUGCGGAGAUUGUGGAGCCCUUUACUGCGUACUACAGCGCCGAUGCCAACAAGAGCCGCAUCGACUACUACGACGACCUGAUGCAGACCGUCCAGCGACCGGACAUUAAUCAGUUCUACAAGCUCGCCUAUAUGGUCAACGGCGAUGGCGAUGCAGUGCGCGUCUGCUUCAACAUGGCCGGCACCACACUGUCGCCGGUCUCUGUGCAGGGCGUUCUGCCUGAUCUGAGCAAUUUUCAGCUGAAGGCAAAGGGCGUCUGCCGAAAGCUGUCGAGUAAGGUGCAGGCGGAGGGCGACUGCGAGGCCUGGGAGUACCGAGUCACCUACGGACAGAAGGAGAACAAGUAUCUGUUCAUUCUGCGACGAGACAGCCAGAACCAGCCCAUUCCCAUAUACUACCUCAUGUUCGGCUACGACUCACUGCUCGGCUCGCACUACGACAAGUACGAGGUCAUCUACGAUCUGGGCUCCUACAAGACCGGACCCAUUGACCCGAAGGUCUUUGACAUCUACAUGCCCUACAAGUGCACCGGCUUCCCCGGCCCUGGCCACCAGAAUGUCGCCCUGAUGAACCCGAUGCGUGAGUUUAUUCACGGCGACCGGACGCACAUUGACCAGAGUUUUGAUGAGUUUAUGGCGAAGCACAACAAGUCCUAUGUGGGCAAAGACGAGCUGAGCAUUCGCGCAAAGAACUACCUGCACAACUACCGCUACGUCAUGUCGGAGAACCGACGGUCCUUCAGCUUUAAGGUGGGCAUCAACCACCUGGCCGACCGAUCGGACGAUGAGCUGCGCGUGCUGCGUGGCCGCCAGAACAGCAACACCACCUUCAAUGGCGCCAUGACUUUCGAUAAGAGCAAGUACGACUUGUCGAAGGUCCCCGCCAAUUGGGACUGGCGCCUGCUAGGAGCAGUUACGCCCGUUAAAGACCAAGCAAUUUGCGGAUCAUGCUGGAGUUUUGGCACCACUGGCACAAUUGAAGGUGUGUACUUUGUGAAAACGGGCAAUUUGCUACGACUGUCUCAGCAGCAGCUGAUCGACUGCAGCUGGUCAGAGGCGAACAAUGGCUGUGAUGGAGGUGAGGACUUCCGGUCGUACGAGUAUAUCAUGAAGGUCGGUGGCAUCUCCACUGAGGACGCCUAUGGCCCGUAUCUGGGAGUGGACGGCAGGUGCCACGACAAGGCGGUGAAGAAGGCGGUCAAGGUGACUGGAUUUUACAAUGUAACUCAAUAUGACCCAGAAGCGAUGAGGGUGGCACUCUUCAACAAUGGCCCCGUCACCGUGUCCAUUGACGCCUCGCAGAAGUCGUUUACCUUUUACUCACACGGCAUCUACUACGAUCCCAAGUGUUCGUCCAAGGAUCUCGACCACUCUGUCCUCGCUGUGGGCUACGGUGAGCUGAAGGGUGAGAAGUACUGGCUCAUUAAGAACUCCUGGUCUACCUACUGGGGCAACGAUGGCUAUGUGCUAAUUAACCAGAAGAACAACAACUGCGGCGUGCUCACUGAUGCUACGUUCCCCGUUGUGGAGUAG